ACUGACCCUGUCGACUCGGCUGCCAUGGCGCCGAAGAUGCAUGUAAGACUAUGUCUGACUUGGCUCAGCUCAAAAGGCGCCAACAACAAUGAGGGCCGCCGUGUAACAGCCUCCGGUUCAAAAGAGGUGCGCUUCUGCUGA